GCUAUAUGUAAGGCUUGUUACAAUAUUCUUGGAGAAGAAGCCAAAUUAAAUGCGACAUUUGUUAAUCAACUUCAAAAAGCACAAAGGCACUGCUUUAAUUGUGAACAUUUUAAAAACUCUAUAACUAAAGAUGAAUUUAACAAAUUAUUGUCAAAAUCAAAGAAAAACCAAGAAAUAUCAGAUUCUAUAAUUCAAACAAUGAUAGACUUGCAUUUAGCACAUCAAUAUACACCACCUAAAAAAAAAAAUUGGAAAAAACUUGUUUUAGAUGCUACUGUCGCAAAUGGUGGACGAAUUCUAAAAGUUAAGAUACAACAAUUAAAUAGCAUACAAAAAGAAAAAGUGAUUAAAGAUAUUGUUGGUGUAACAUUUGCUUUCGACGGUUGGAAAAAUAUAAAUAAGGAGUCAUUUUUUGGAAAAAUUUUAAUAACCUCGAAUGGUAAAGUACUAAUAUGGGGUGUUGAAGAUAUCAGUGCAGAAUUAGACCGAACGAUCAUAGUUAUUCCAAAAAUAGAGACAUUUCUUGAACAUUUAAAAGAAAAUCAAAUUAAAGUUGUUGCAGUUGUAUCUAAUUCAGCACUAGCAUAUGCAGCUGCAUGUUGGUUUUCACUUGUCGAUGAUGAAGAAUUAGCUUAUGAUGAAUUUAAUGAAUUUGAGUGUAAUGUUACAUUUGAUGAAGAAAAUAUUAAUGCUAAAUUUAUAGCUUGUGAAACUCAGCAUUCUGCUGAUAACUGCAAUGCAAAAUGGUUAUUGGAAAAGCUUUUUAUUAAUAAUUUACCAGAACCCUCAUAUGUGUUAGCCGCUAAGAAACAUGAAGAAAAGAAAAAAAAAAAAACUGAGUAUUUGCAUCAAAUAGCAGAAAAAAAUAAUCAAAAUUCUGUAAUAGAAAUAGAAGAGAAUAAAAUUAAUCAUUCAAAUGAAAACAAUAU